AUGAUCGACCACCAUAUCUUCGAAGACCUCCAAGCUAAAAUCGACGACGAGGCCGCCGUCCGCGAUGAACUUCAUGAUAUUGUUCAGACUUUAGCUAGGAAGGGCCGCUCAACCCAAGCGAUCCUCUCCCGGGCUCAUUCGACCCCUACCGAUCAAUUGAAACCCAUCCUCAACGACGCGACAAAAGAAAUCAUUGCCCAACGCGACGAAGUCUCCCGUCUCAAGACCGUCGCGGACAAACACCCAUUUUAUAAAUAUAACGGGUUGUGGACGCGCGAGUUGCAGAAUUUGGUCUCGUCGAUUGAGCUCUGCGCGUGGCUGGGCGGGCUGGAAGAGUAUAAAGCUAGUAGCUCGGCGUCGUUUUUGACCAUUGAGGAGGUGGGGACGUUUCUGGGUGUGCCUGUUAAUCUUAAAGAGCAAGAUGCGUUUCAUCUUACGAUUGAGGAGUAUUUGCUUGCGUUGAUUUCGAUGGUUGAGGAAUUGGCCCGUCUUGCGGUUAACUCGGUCACGCUGGGUGAUUAUACCCGGCCGGUGCAGAUCGGAAACUUCAUUAAGGAUCUGUUUGCCGGAUUCCAGUUGCUGAAUUUGAAGAAUGAUAUUCUGCGGAAGAGGAGUGAUGGGAUUAAGUACAGUGUUAAGAAGGUGGAGGAUGUUGUGUAUGAUUUGUCGUUGCGCAAUUUGAUCCCUAAGGGUAGUGCUGCGGCGUAGUCAGAAGGGGGAAAGAAGACGAUACAGUAAAUUAGUAUGACUUGAUAUGAUAUGACGAGUCCAUCACAUGGCAGUCAAAGACUGUAACAACCAGUACUCAAUACAAGAACAUCAACAUGG